AUGGUGAUCUUCCACAUCCGGCUCUCUUUUCGGGUCGAUGAAGGCAUCGACGUCAUGUGCAGUCAAUUUUUGCACCCUCUGACGUCGGUGGACGAAUUUGGGACUGUUACGAUGCUGGCUGUUCAAAUUAGUGGCAAGAAAGACAAGAAGAAGUGGAUUGUUCUCUCCCUGUAUCGCGACGACCAAUGCCCUGAGCUGUGGCCAGUGCGCGCAGUCCUGGCAUGGAUCCAUUUGUCACGACAUCCUGGAACAGACUAUCUCUUCCCUCACGACAAAGAUACCACCAAGUGCUAUUCACCAGUAAUGUUCCAAACCAAGUGCCGGAACGUUUGCACCAAGGUAACUGGACAACACGGGCCCAUUGCCACGCAUUGGCUCCGCAAGAAGGGUUGGCUUCUUGCGACAUGGGGUGGAGGCUCAGGCGUUGACAUGCAGCAGGCAUCGCGGCACAAGUCGCUGGAGAUGGCCGGUCGGUACAAGCAAGACGCACAGUCCCUUCUUGAAAUUGCGAAGAAUCAACGGUACUUAAUUGAUGUCUAA